AUGGAGACCAGAGAUGAAAAGCGGGUCAGCAUUGCACUGGAGAUUAAUAACUUCAAAGCAGCCUUGGUUGAUUUCAAUAAAUUGGUUGAACAUACAACAGCCCAGAAAAAGGACGAGAGAGCAGGCUUGUUUAUCCCAAAAGAAGAAGCAAUCGAUUAUGAUAAGUUUUACACCACAGUGCUGCAGAUCUUUGGCCCUGAAGUGAAAAAUCAGGAUGUGAAGUGUUUUUAUAGGAAGCUCUGCAACAACCCAGAUGCAUCUUUCGACUGGUGUGAGAUCUUUGGAUACUUCUCUUCUGAUGAAGAUCCUUUCAGUAUGCAAAUGGAUGAAGAAAAUUUGGUUUUUCUUGUAUCUAGAAAACAGCGAAUUGUGAUUUCAGGGAGUAGAAGACGAGAUGUGAUCAAAUGCAUUGUGAAGGUCCCACAGUUGGAUUUAUUGAUAACAGCAUCUCAAAAAGGAUUAAUAACAGUCUUUAACAGCCAGAUGAGAAUUCAGAACAGCACCAAUGUUACAGAUACCUCCUGGAUUACGGGCUGCGAUUACCUCAUCCAGCUAAAGCGAAUUGUUGCCACUACAGAGAGGACUAUUAUCAUCUGGGAUUACAAAGCUCAAGGGAGCAGCCAGGAGCAUUAUUUUGUCAUCAAGCCCAUGGACCACUGCCUGCUGUGUGUGUGUGUGGUGCCCCUGCCUGACCAGCUCUGCAGAGAUGACAUCCUCCUGGGGGACGAUGGUGGGUUUGUGAACAGGUUCACUGUAAACAGCGAUGACAUUGGAUUAAAGCAGGCGAAGACCAAGAAGAAAUUACAGACGCAGGUCCUGGACUCGAAGAACUUUAAAAGUGUUAAAAGGAAGCUGCAUAAUGACUGGGUUAUGAAAAUUAGAUACAUUCCAGCGCUCAAAUGCUUUGGAUCCUGUUCCUUAGACAGUGCUCAUUCAUUAGUUUUGGAAUCCUUGAAGAGACUUGAGGACAAUCUGCCUGUCAGAGAAUUUGCCAUGCCAAGAGGAGCCAACACUUUUUGCUACUGCAUUAAAGCAAACGUGAUUGUCACUGGAGGAGAUGAUAAAGUCCUCCGGUUGUGGCACCCCAAUAUCAGCACUAAGCCGGUUGGGAAGCUGGUGGGACACAUGUUCAGCAUCACAGAGAUCGUAAACAACGAGAAAGAGCAACACGUCAUCAGCCUUUCCUCUGCAAAGGUCUUCCGGGUCUGGGAUAUACAGACUCUGUCAGUGCUGCAAGUCUUCCACGAUAGCCAAGGAGGGCCAGGAGACAUGCAGAUUUACUCUAUGAUAUACGAUGCCAACCAUGGCAUGCUCAUUACAGGAUCAAGUGUUAUAGACAUGUAUCCUUUGACCCGGAUGGUACAGGACACAAAGCAGGUCCCUCACACUCAUGAACGAGAAAUCAAUGUCCUGCUUUACAACAGAUACUUCCACCAAGUGCUCACCAUAUGUUCAGAGUCCGUCAUCAAGGUGUGGGAACUUGAGUCUGGUCUCCAAAUAUAUCAAAUUGUAGACCCCCACGGUUUCAAUAUUGAACUGACCUGUGCAACUAUUGAUGAAAGUGGCUAUCUUUUUGCCACAGGAGCAUAUAAUGGAACGGUUAAGAUCUGGGACUUUGGCAGCGGGCAGGAGAUGAAAAUGCUGCCCGAAGGGAAAGACUGGGUGGAGGACGAACACGGGCUGCUGCGCCUGUUCUUCCUCAAGGCCCAGGUGAAGCAGCAGUACCUCAUCCUCGCCCUGGAGCGCAACGGGACUGUCAAGAUGAUCCAGGGAAAGGAGGACGAUAUCUUGCUUGUGGUGAUAUGGGACCUGCCGGAUGCCAUGCCUUACCUACACCAUGGGAGCCAUAUUAUACAUAUGAAGACGUCAGCUAAAGAAAGGGCAAUGGCCAUUCCUUUCCCAGAUAUCGAGUUAAUUGUCCAGAAAAACUCUUCUCAACAACCUAAUAAUAGUCCUGCCGUUGCUAAUGCAGUGAAAUGCAUUGAUUUAUUUCAAGCAGAUGGAUAUAAUUUGAUAGUGUGUGGCACUACAAGUGGAAUGAUUAUCUUAUGGAAUUUUAUAACAGCCACUGUCAAAGAAAUAUACCAUCCCGAGGACUGCUACUCUUCAGAUCCCGACUUGGAUCCCAAACGCUUUCGAAUUAAUGACAUCUUGUUCCUCUUCAGACCUCCUGACUGUGCAAGGAGAACAAGUCAAGAUUCCAUAUGCUCGUCAACCCAGUGUGACUCAAGCAAGGGUCCACAGAGCAGCAAGGGAAGUAGGCUAAGCAUACACGACAUGGAGGCCAAAGGUGAGCAAACAGACACGGUGGGAGAGCAGCAGUUAGGGAGCAAAAAACAGCCCACAAUCGCCAGCUCGACCGAACCGCAGCCUCCUAUCGUGGUCACCGCCCAUGAGGAUGGACACCUCCGCUUGUGGAACCUGGAGGGGAAGCUUCUGAAAGAUACAUUGCCCUUCACAAAGCACUCAGCCAUUUCCCUGACAUCACUGUACACAGACUCAUGCUGCAGGAUACUACUGGCUGGGAAUGUGGAAGGACACGUUAUCCUUUGCAGUAUUAGUUCCUUCUUGGAGCCACCUCAUGACGAAAAGAAAUUCAAGCAGCUGCUUUCCUGGAAAGCCCAUUCUUUGGAAAUCAUUCAAGUGAUCUACGUGGAGGACAAGCAGCUGGUGCUUACUGCCUCCAUUGAUGGCUCAGUGAGACUCUGGCAUUCCAGCAGCGGUCAUUACUGUGGAUACUUUGGACAACGAAGAAUGUUUGAUUUAACCCAAACAAGUGAUUUCAUUUUGCCUUGUGAUGUUAAUGAAUACCCCAUAGAGAUAAAAGAAGAAAGCAAGUUCACAGAGAAGAAGCAAAAAUACGAAUAUCCUCUGAUAUUUGACCGUGAGAGAUGGAGAAAAAUGAGCUCAAUGUCUUUGCUCUUCAAACGUACACCUCCCAAGCCCUUUGAAGUGCAACAUGAUUUUAAAUUUUUCAAGUCUCUUUCUUCUCCUAAGAAUCGCCGAUACGCUUUGGAAGGUUUCAUGACAGAAAACAGAGAGGCAGGGGUUGUUUUUGGUUCUCUGCCUAUAUACAGGGUGCCAAGUCCCACGAGUCUAAGAUUCCUUCCACUCAUUGGCUCUGACGCACAGAGAGAUUCGAUUGACGGUGCUCCGACAGGGAGGAAGAAGGGUGGCCAUGUGCAACAUGAAAAGGCACGAAGGAGAAGCCUGAAAAGGAACUUAGUUCCACAAAUAAAUCUGGCUGCAUCCUUCUUCCCGACCUCAUUCAAGUGA